GCUCCGCGGCCUGCGCGGCCUCCGUGGUGUCCGUGGAUGUGCGGCGCACCGAGCGGCCCCUGGAGCACUUCUGGAGGAGCACUGGCUUCUGCCCUCCUUUACCACACAGCCGUGCUGAUCUCUUUGACCUGAGCAAAGACCAAGAGUUGAACCUUGCCUACAUUUCUUCUGUUCCACAUGGUGGCAUUGAACAAGUUCGAAUUCACUGGUUGCUGGAAUUAGUUGCUCUCAGACUGAUGAAUGGAAAACUUCACUACAAUUUUACUGCUUUGGAUAACCUUAUGGAUCACCUGUGGGAAAAUAAGCUAAUUCCAGGAUUUGAAUUGAUGGGAAAUCCAUCAGGAUAUUUUUUAGAUUUUGAAGAUAAAGAGCAGGUAGUAAAAUGGAGAAACUUCAUUGCAGUUCUGGCCAGCAGAUACAUAGAUAGGUAUGGAUUGGAACAUGUUGCUCAAUGGAAUUUUGAAACAUGGAAUGAACCAGACCACCAUGACUUUGACAACGUGUCUAUGACUGUGAAAGGGUUUCUCAACUAUUACGAUGCUUGCUCAGAAGGAUUAAGAGCAGCCAGUCCUCUACUGAAAUUUGGAGGGCCUGGGGAUUCCUUCCACCCAUUACCCAAGUCACCCAUAUGCUGGAGUCUUCUGUGUCACUGCUACAAUGGAACUAAUUUCUUCACAGGGGAGACUGGUGUAAGGCUGGACUACAUCUCUCUCCAUAAGAAGGGAGGUGGGAGCUCUCUCUACAUCUUGCAACAAGAAGUAGAAGCGGUUGAACAAAUUCAGAAGCUGUUUCCAAAUUUUACUUCUGUGGCUGUAUACAAUGAUGAAGCAGAUCCAAUGGUUGGGUGGUCCCUUCCACAGCUGUGGCGAGCUGAUGUGACCUAUGCAGCUAUGGUUGUAAAGGUAAUCGCGCAACAUCAGAACCUGCUCCUUGCCAAAGCUAACAACACCAUCAACUACACCCUGCUGAGCAAUGACAAUGCCUUCUUGAGCUAUCACCCUCAUUACUUCACGCAGCGGACUCUGACAGCACGUUUUCAGAUGAACAAUACAAGGCCACCUCACGUCCAGAUGGUGCGGAAGCCGGUGCUGACAGUCAUGGGCUUGCUGGCACUGCUAGGGGAAAAGCAGAUUUUUGCUGAAGUGAACAACAGUGAAGGUGAAAGCACUCUAAACAGCACAGUUGGUGUUCUGGCAUCUGUGCACACCCCAAAUGAAAGGCAGCCCUCAGACAGUUGGCAAGCUACUCUACUGAUGUACUCAAGUGAUGAUAACAGGACUUUGUCCAACAUCAGCACUGUCAUAGUGAACGCCACCCACUUCCCCAAACUCAGAGAGAUGGUGUAUGUGACUUAUUACCUGGAUAACAACCAAACCAAUCCUUACCAGACGUGGAGAAAGAUAGGAAGCCCUGACUUUCCUUCCCCAGAACAGUUCCAGCAAAUAAGGGAUGCUGAGGACCCAGUGACAACAGGGCCAUUCCCACUUCCUGAAGGUGGUGUCUUAACACUGAAGCAAGACUUUCCCAUUCCUGCAGUCUUUCUUAUCCACAUCUGUGCAAGGCCAAGAUCUGUUCCUGAUCAAGUGACCGGUGUUCGUUUGAUGCCUCUCACAAAGGGGCAGGUCAUCGUGCUGUGGGAUGACAGCAGUGUAAAUACAAAGUGUAUAAAGACAUUUGAAGUGGAGUUCUCACCAGAUGGAAAAACAUACCAGCGGAUAAAUGCUAAAGACACUGUAUUCACUCUCUGGGUCUACAGUCCAGGAAGCUCAGUCUCCGGCUUUUACAGAGUACGUGCUGUUGACUACUGGGGGAAGGCAGGACUGUCUUCUCUUCCUGUGGAGUAUGUUGAAAAGUAACUCUGAAGAGUGGUGCCUGGCUUGGUGACUUGAGUGGUCUCAGCAAAUAGGAAGACCCCAGAAAAAUAAACUCCUCCCAAGCUGAGGAGGGAGUAUCAAAAGGACCUGAUGAAGCAAGUUUGAUGAAAAAGAAGCUGCUCCUAUUAACUCUUCAGAGCUCAAAAAGGCAGCAUUAUCAAACAGUCACAGCUGACAACCCAACUGGCACAAUUUCAAGAGGCUGCUGUAAGACUGGGAUUCAGCUUGGUAGCUAGGAAUUAUAUGAAUGAAUAUUUAUUCUCAAUUUUACCCUGCGCUAAUCUCCAGGACAACCAAAGAUUUGCAGAGGUCACAAAAUGCAGCAGGAGCUGGACUCUAGUUUCACUGUGUGAGGGAAGAUGGCAGCAAAGGCACAAGGAGAACCUGAGAACAAGCUUGACGUGGUUUGGUGGAAAAGCACAACAGCAGCCAGAUGCUUCCAGAGAGUGAAGUGAAGGAUCCCUGCUUCCCUGCUGGUUAGUCACACUUGGUGUAGUGGAUUAUUUCAGAGCAUUUGCCAUAGAUGUAUGAAUCUUUUCACCCCAUCACAGAGGGUUUUUCACCUUGCUUUCUCUGCAUUAGUAGCUGUUACUUGUAAGCCAGAGCACUGGCAGAGGAAAGUGCAUCAGCUCACCCUCAAAGUGGAAGAAGACACACAGGAAGCUCUAGCUUCCAGACUUCUCUGCCUUUUCUGCUUUGCCCAAGCCACUUGUUUGUGCAGUGGCUGUCAGCCUCUCUUGGUGGUGGAGGCUCUAACCCUGAAAGUCCCUCUUUCUCCCCGUUGCUGUCACCUAGCUUGGCCUUCUACAUCCCUUACAGGUAACAUCUUUCCCCAGCAUGCCACCCCUCUCAGAUUGUAACUGACCUCAGACUUAGCUUUAGGUGGCCAGGAAAAAGAGCCUUCUGUGGUUUUGUAUUACAGGAGAGCACACUCUUGUGUGUAACAAGGCUGCCACUGUCUAACAGUUAUGAAAUUAGCAAAGAACACUUUGGUGGUCUGUGCUUUGCUGAGCUAUAAGGGUGUGAUGGAUCCAGAUCAUGGGCUACAGAACACCUCUGACUGUCCUUGCAGCUGCAAAAUACUUUAUGUAACAGCAAAGUUCCAUUAAGUUGCAGGGGUGUUUGCUCUCUCUCCCCUUUUCUCAACUGGCACAGUUUGAACUCUGCCUUUCAGUUGCUUAUAGAGGGAAACGUUGCCAGUGAAAACAGCUGGAGUGUUUUCUAUAAGAGAAGCAACUCUGUCACAUAAACAUAGCCCCCACUGCUCUCUCUGCUGACAUCAGCCACAUGGCCAACAUAACAAAGGCUGCAUGUUUGAUGAAACAUUUAGAUCUCAGUCAAAGGCAACAAAAUAAAAAAGAGAGAACAAAAAAAAUCAAGAAGUUUCCACAGUGGAAGAGAGCUGAACUACCUCAAAAGACCUCACUUGUGCAGAACAGAAAUGAAACAUGUAUGUCAGUGUUUAUGAAUCACACACAGAGAAACACCCAGGUUGGCAAAGCCCCUCAAGGUCACCAAGUCCAACCUGGAACCCUACUCUACAAGAUUCACUUAAGCAUCACAUGUAAACGAUACUUAAACACAUCCAGGGUGGGUGACUCCACCACCUCCCUGGGCAGCUCAUUCCAGUCCUUGACCACCCUUUCCAUGAAAAAGUCUUCCACAAUGUUUGAUCUAAACUUACCCAGUCUUAGCUUGAAGCCAUUCUCCCUUGCUCUGUCUCCAGUUACCUGUGAAAAGAGACCAGCAGCAGCCUCUCCACAACUUCCCUUCAGGUAGACAACAAUGAGGCCUCCCCUCAGCCUCCUCUUUCUCAGGCUAACCAUCCCCAGCUCCCUCCAUCACUCCUCAUAAGAUUUAUUCUCUAGGCCUUUCAGCUUUGUUGCCUUCCUCUCUCCUUACCCCUGGUUAUUUUGUGUGCUUAUGCUGAAAGCCUUAGAAAACUCAUCUUGCUGCAGAAUUCAGACAAAGUAUUUCUUGCCUCACUCGGGUCAGAAUAAGGACUACUCAUCCCAAUCUGCCAAUUUGUUGCCCCUAGAAACUUGCACAGAGCAGAAAGGGACUAUUGGAACCUACUUAAUUGAUCACAGAAUCAUAAAAUCUUAGAUGUAUUUAGGUUGGAAGUGACCUCAAAGAUCAUCCAGUUCCAACCACCUGCCAUGGGCAGGGACACCUCCCACUAGAACAGAUUACUCAAGGCCUCGUCCAGCCUGGCCUUGAACACCUCCAGGCAAGGAGCAGCCACAGCCUCCCUGUGUAACCUGUGCCAGUGUCUCACCACCCUCACUGCAAAGAACUUCUUCCUAACAUCCAGUUUCAAUCUCUCCUCUGCCAGUUCAAACCCAUUCCUCCUCAUCCUGGCAUUACAAGACCUUGUCAGUAGUCCCUCCCCAGCCCUCCUGUAGCCCCCUCAGAUCCUGGAAGGCCACUGCAAGGUUGCCUUGAAGCCUUCUCUUCUCCAGGCUGCAGAGGCCCAACUCUUAUAACCUGUCGGCACAACAGAGCUGCUGCAGCCCUCUGAGCAUCUUGGUGGCCUCCUCUGACUGGCUCCAACAGUUCCAUGUCCUUCUUGUGCUGGGGGCUCCAGAACUGCACACAGGACUCCAGGUGGGGUCUCAGGAGAGCAGAGCAAAGGGUCAGAAUCCCCUCCCUUGCCCUGCUGGCCACACUGCUCUUGCUGCAGCCCAGAUGUGCACAGUGCUAAGUUGGAGUAGCAGAUGCUUAGUACCUCUGUAGGUAUUACUCUUGCUGGCCAUAAAUCCAAAUAGGACAAUCCAUCUGCAGCUGCAGGGUGAUGUUGCCCACCUGCUCUUCAAGCAAAAGCUUUUGAGGCUGUGCAACAACUUUUCAAUUUCAAUGAAUGCUAGAGGAAACCUUUGGAAUGAGCAUUUCAGAUUUUCUAGUUGUGUGUAUGCUGCAUUUGUUACCAUCUCUUCUGCUGCCAAAUAAAACCAGUUUUUUUUAAUGAACCAUGUAGAAAACCAAGAUCCAGUCAUGUUUUGCAAACUGCUCAAACCUUUUGUGUCAGCAGCUUCAUCUUGGGAAGUGAAGCCUCUUCAGAAGGAAUGGAAGAUAGCUUCAUUGGUGCAAGUUCCAUCAUUUCAUAGAAAUAACACUCGAAGGGAGCACAACUGUAAGACAUUUCACAGAAUCACACAGAGUUAACUAUGUUGGAAAAGGCCUUUGAGAUCCUUGACUCCAACCUGUCACCUAACACCUUCUAAUUCACUAAAC